AUGGCUGAAUAUGAUUUUGACGAUGACUUUAUUGAUGAUGAGGAUGAGGGAAAUCCAUUUGUAUUAGGUGAUGAAGAUGAACAACCUCAUCAAGCAAAUUUUGAAGAUGAAAAUGAAGAUGAUUUUGGUACAGAAACCCCUGAACCAACAAAAACACCAGCAAAUGAUGAACAUGACUUUUCAUCCGAUGGAGAUGAACAGAAGGAAGAUGAAAAAGCAGAAGAAUCUCAAAAAGCUGUCGAUGAAACGCCUUUGCCAGAAGAAAAAGUCGAGGAAGAAGAAGCGGUUCCAGAAUCUCCUCAUAAAGAAGAACCAGAACUAGAAAGUCAACCAGAAAACCAAGAAAUACAAGAAAAUAAUGAAGAUUCAUCCAAACUUUCGUCAUCUCUUUCCUCCAAGAAAGAUUUAAGCGACGAUGAUGUCGUUAAAGAAGUCAUGGAGACAGAAGAAAUUUUCAAUAGAAGUCAAAAGAUUUCAACACUUAAUCAAAGUUUAUCAUUACGAUUAACAGAGACAAAUCAACUAUUUUCAUUAUUAAUGUGCGUUCUUACAGAUACACAACUUCUUAUGCAUAGAAAUAGAACUUCAAUGGACUUUUCUAUUUAUGAUGAAGUUGAAUUGUCCGGAAAGCCAUAUAAAUACGACGGAGGUUUGAUCAAACAUCCGAAGUACGUUGAUGGCUAUAAUUUGUCCGGAUGCUCGGAUGUAGAUAAGACCGGAGUUCUCGAAUAUCUUGAUUAUGUUAAAGGAAUGAUCGACAGAGGCCUUCCUCAAGUUGUUGAGGCAUCUGUAAACAUUAUGCAAGAUCCAUUAGUUAAAGCCCAUCGAAAAUUGGCUUCAAUGGAGCAAAGAAUUAAUGAUCUUAAGCGUUCCAACGCAGAACUUCAACUACAAACUAGACAUACAGCUAACCAACUCGUUAAACUUGAAAAGCAAGGUGAAUCUGAAUUCAAAGCUACAACAGGAAAAUCCGAUGUAAUUAUUCAACAGCAAAGACUACAGAAAGCAUUGCUCAGAGUAUCAAUGCUUAAAGAUGAUAACGAAAAAGCUCAAUCCGAGAACUCCAAACUACUUUCUGAGUUAAAUUCUCUUACAUCUCGUUCUUCAUCUCGUUCCGAGACAAAUACUAAUUCACAGCUUGUAAAAGAUUUCGAAGCUAUUAAUGCUUCAAUCGAACAGUCCGAAGAAGAGCGAGAAACAGCAAUGGCCCAACGUCGCGUUUCAAUUACGAGAAUGAACAAAACAAUCGAGAAACUCGAAGGAGAAAUAUCCGUUUUACAACAACGACUUUCUUCUGUCGAUAAUAAAAUCCGAAUUAUGACUCAAGGAAAGGCUUCUCGUAAUUCUGCGGCCGGAUCCAAGCUACAGAAGGCAGCAGGAUCAAAGAUUCCAGUUCCAUCUAAGAAACCAAAACAAUAA